AUGGCGGCGGUGCCCUACGGAGCUCCCCCUCUCCACCAGGCGCCGGCGCCAUUGGCGGUGGUGUCCCCGCUGUUCUGUGCGCCGUACGCGGUGCCGCUGACGGUGACCAAGAAGGCCAUCAGCCGCUCUGGUCGAGACUUCGUCGUCACCGACGCCAACGGCGCUGAAAUGCUCCGCGUCAACGGUGCCAUCUUCAGCGUCCACGACCGCCGCGUCCUGCUCGACACCGCCGGCCAGCCCCUCCUCUCCAUGCGGGAGAAGGCAAUUAGUAUGCACAAUAGAUGGGAAGUUUUCAGAGGGGACAGCACGAACGCAAGCGAUUUGCUCUUUACAGCCAAGAAAGCUUCAAUCUUUCAACUGAAGCCCGAGGUGGAUGUCUUUCUGGCUGGGAACAGCGAACAACAAGGAUGUGAUUUUAAGAUCAGGGGUAGCUACAUCGAGAGAUCAUGCAGCUUCUGUCUCGGCAAUUCGGACACCAUGGUUGCUCAAAUAAACCGCAAGUAUACAGCCACGAACAUACUUCUGGGAAAGGACACCUUUGUUGUUACCGUGUUCCCGCAUGUUGACUAUGUGUUCAUCACGGCUGUCAUUGUGAUUCUAGAUGAGAUUCAUAGGGAACGGUUCGAUGGAACAACAAUAUUCGAUGUCGUCACUGACAUGUAA